GCAGGCUUCCCAUUGGCAUCCUCUUCCUCAACACACACACACACACACACACACACACGCUCCGGAGUGUCACACACUCUCUAACUCACUCUUACACACACACACACACACACACACACACACACACACACCACCACCACCUGGAUCCAGCAUGGCAACCAUCACCUGCACUCGCUUCACAGAGGAAUACCAGCUCUAUGAAGAACUGGGCAAGGGAGCGUUUUCGGUGGUGCGCAGGUGUGUGAAAAUCCUCUCAGGGCAGGAAUACGCUGCUAAGAUCAUCAACACCAAGAAGCUCUCGGCUAGAGAUCACCAGAAGCUGGACAGAGAGGCUCGGAUUUGUCGACUGCUCAAACACCCAAACAUUGUGCGGCUCCAUGACAGCAUCUCGGAGGAAGCGCAUCAUUACCUCAUCUUUGACCUUGUGACGGGUGGUGAGCUGUUUGAGGACAUUGUGGCCAGAGAAUAUUACAGUGAAGCAGACGCCAGUCACUGUAUUCAGCAGAUUCUGGAGGCGGUGCUUCACUGUCAUCAGAUGGGUGUCGUUCACAGAGAUCUGAAGCCAGAGAACCUCCUUCUGGCCUCCAAGUCCAAAGGUGCAGCGGUGAAGUUAGCAGAUUUCGGGCUGGCGAUUGAAGUGGAAGGAGAACAGCAGGCGUGGUUUGGCUUCGCAGGAACUCCUGGUUAUCUCUCACCUGAAGUGUUACGGAAAGAUCCAUAUGGUAAAGCUGUGGACCUGUGGGCCUGUGGUGUGAUUCUGUACAUUUUGCUGGUUGGAUAUCCACCGUUCUGGGAUGAAGAUCAGCAUCGACUCUAUCAGCAGAUCAAAGCUGGAGCUUAUGAUUUUCCUUCUCCUGAGUGGGACACGGUCACUCCUGAAGCUAAAGAUCUCAUCAACAAGAUGCUGACCAUCAAUCCAGCCAAGAGAAUCACAGCAGCUGAGGCUCUGAAACACCCCUGGAUCUCUCACCGCUCCACCGUGGCCUCCUGCAUGCACAGACAGGAAACUGUGGAGUGUCUGAAGAAGUUCAACGCUCGCCGGAAGCUGAAGGGGGCGAUUCUCACCACCAUGCUCGCCACCAGAAACUUCUCAGGAGGGAAGAGUGGAGCCAGCAAGAAGACGGAUGGAGUGAAGGAAUCUUCAGAGAGCUCAAACACCACUAUUGAGGAUGAAGACACCAGGGUGAGGAAACAGGAGAUCAUUAAAGUGACUGAGCAGCUUAUUGAGGCCAUCAGCAAUGGAGACUUUGAGAGUUACACGAAGAUGUGUGAUCCCAGUGUAACUGCCUUUGAGCCUGAAGCUUUGGGGAAUCUGGUGGAGGGUCUCGACUUCCAUCGCUUCUACUUUGAGAAUUUGUGGUCUAAGAACAGUAAGCCAGUCCACACCACUAUCCUGAACCCUCACAUCCACCUGAUUGGAGACGAGGCUGCAUGUAUCGCUUACAUCCGCAUCACGCAGUUUAUUGAUGCUAACGGAACACCGCGCUCCGCUCAGGCCGAGGAAUCUCGCGUGUGGCACCGACGUGAUGGGAAAUGGCAGAUCGUCCACUUUCACCGCUCUGGAGCGCCCUCUACCAUCACCAAUUGAUUAGUUGGUCUUACUGGAGUGUGAUCCGUCCUGGUGGUCCUGCUGUUCUGCAAGCUGAUUGGACACUGCGGAAGCUGCCUGACUACCCACAAUCCAUUGCUUCCCAUCUUACAUCCAGCAUCCAGACUUGAGUUAAUUUCUCUUUCACACACACACACACACACACACACACACACACACACACACACACACACACACACACACACACACACACACACAGACACACACACACACACAUUUUCCUUCAUCACACACAUUAAGGGUCAUUUAUUUUUCCCUGGAAUGUUAUUCUCGGAGUGUUUUGCAGGACGUCAGGGCAGCAUGUGACUCUGUAAGUUAUAGUUUGUUUAUACGAUAAAUAAUUCACUGAAUUAUAAAACAACUUGUUUGCUGAAAGACUGAACGACUUCUCAGAAAGAUAAACACAAAUCUUUUUCAUUUUUUUUUCUAUAAUAAAUUCUACAAUAUUAUUAACAUCAACAUGAAACUUUAAUGUGAAUCUUAACGCUCAGUCAGGGGUCAGGGGUCAGGGGUCAGGGCCACACUUCAGUGUUCAGUUUUAUACAAAUGACUUUGUUCCUCAUUCUGAAACUAAAUAAGAGUGUUAAUGAGCUGAGAGUGUUAAUGAACAAGCUGAAAGGACAAUAAACACAAACACACAAACAGGAGCAUGGAAUAAAACAGACACUAGAAGGUAAACUCAACAAACAAACAAACAAACAAACAAACAAAUAAGUGUAAGGAACUGCAGUGUGACAUCUGUGACAAAGUCAAAGCUAAAGCUAGGAAUAAGUUUAAACGAUGCUAAUGCUAGCAGCAGACUGGUGGCUUUAUAAUAAAGCCGAAAGAAUUCAAAACUUUAUAAUAGAAUAAAAUGACUGAAGUAUUUUAAAGUGUAUCGCAAUUAAAAUCCACAUAUUGUUAUUAAAGCCUAUAAAACACAAACAUUUUCAUUUUAUGGCGUUUGCUAAGCAUCAUUCAAAUAAAGGAACAAUAAAGUUAUAUCAUUAAAACAUCUAUUCUUAAGACUGAUAUUUUACCAUCCAGUCACUGAAAGGACACACAAUACAGUUAUUAUUUAUUUUUUCAUUUAUUUUUACAAACUAAUCAGAUAAUUCUAUAUAAUUGUGUCAGAGGUUUUGGAUGAGUAAAGUUUCAGGUUUUCAUUCUGUUUUAACAUCGUCAGUGAGAGGAAAGUGCUGGAGUGUGAAUGCAGUGGGAUUUCAGUGAGUUUGUUUAGAGACAGAUAAAAAGACACACGGACACUUUAACAGUUCUUCCAGAAAAUCAGGUGACGACGCUUUAGAAAAGCACACUUAAUAACUUUAUUCACAUUUUCCCUCAAACUCGUUCACUAUGUACAUGAAGAUAUGCGAGAGAAAGAAACGGAGGUAAAGUCCAAACUGAGACGAUAAAAUUUGCAAUAAAAAGAGGAGGAAGUCUAGAAGUGAGAGAUGUACAGUAUCUCGUCCUCACCUCGGCUCUCAGCCACUACUGCCAUUUCUACACUUAUUGAUAUAGGGAGCUUUUACUCGCAGUUUACUUGCAUGGCCGUUUGUUUCUUUAUUUAUUUUAGGAAUUUUAGUGAAGUUUAAAGUGAAAUUCUGUUCUUUUGUGAGUGUGGAAGAAACGGACUGCCGUGAAUAUCGAAUAUCGCUUGUUUGUGUGUUGUGUUUGUGAACUGAGAUGAGAUUAUUUUGCUCCUAUGCUCUAAAAUUGUACAGAACACAUUUAAUUCAAUACUGACAUGAAGCAUGCAGCACAUAUUUAACAUGAUGUUUAUGCACAUGUGUGUUUUAUAUGUUCAGUGAAGUAUUGAGAAAAGUAGCAGAGUGAAUCGUGACCCGUGCUACCCUGCAUACAGCUGUCAAUAAAAAUUAUUAUUAUUAUUAUUAUUAUUAUUAUUAUUAUUAUUAUUGCUACAUCUUUUAGGAAUGUUCUAAACACAAACAUGUCUGUUAAGUGUGUUUUAUUUUGUAUCCUGUCACUAGUCAAGGUAUUAAUUAAUUGCUAAUACAUGAAUUUAUCACAAUAUUCUGAAUUAUUUGUUAUGAAAUGAAUCACCAGUGUGCUAAAGACCAUCAUGAUUCUGAUUUGUGUUACUGGUUGCUUAGAAAAUGUCAUUUUUGAUGAUGAUGAAGAUGACGAUGAUGAUAAUGUCACCUGAAGUUAUUUUGCUGGUUUUCUUUGACACUGCUGUAUGUGUGAAACAGCACUAUUAGAAAAAGAAGCAGUGUUAAUUAAACCUGUUAAUUAUCGUAGUGCUGCUGCUGCUACUGAAACUCUGCUGUUGUCAUGCAGUUUUUUACCCGGUAUCAGGAAUGUAUCACAGCACAACGCACCCAGGAGCUACAGUUGUUGAAAUGUUCUCUCAGACACUGCUAAGCAUUUCACACUACAGGAUUUCUAAUAAUUAUGCAUGUUAUUACUAGGAUUUGGAAUAAAUGUGUGAAUUUUUAUACAAUAUAAAAUACUGAUAAUAUAAGAAUUAAGUCUAAAAGCUUAAAAUUAGGCUAGUCAGCACUUGCUAAUGCUACAGAUUGCUAAGUUGCCUUGCUAAACAGGGCGGUGCUCCCAGCUCUAGCUCUGUCUCCUGACCAUGCUAACUUUAGCGGCUACAUUAAGGAGCAUGUUCACCUCGCUAACACAAUUAAUCUCUCUAACCUUUACCUUGUCUUGGUGAACGUUGGAACAGAUUAGUAGCUGUAGCCGUUAGCUGAAUUACGUAGUGAACAUUUGACAUGUAAGAAUGUUUUAGCCUUUAUUGGUAUUUGAAUGUAUUUAAACUUUUGUUCUUUAAUAAAUAUAUUAAAAUUAUAAUUAUAAUAACAUUAUCAAAACAAAAUUUCAUUCAAACAUUAUCAGCUUGCUGCUGUUUAACUAUAAAUUAAUACUUAGAUGAUGAGGUUAGCCAUGAGAAAUUAGCUAGCUUUCUUAUUGCUGCAUGCUGUUUUAGUAGACAUUAUAUUUAUUCUAUCUGAAAUGCGAACGUUUCAGAAUAACACUGAUUCAUUUUAGUUAAGUGAUGUUACUGUUCUAGCUAAGUAUGAGUGCUUAGCUUGCUAAUGUUAUUUAUGUUGUUAGCUAGCAACAUAGACGAUACUGCUCAUGUCUCUAGCUGUGUUUUGAUUGGUCACCUGAUUCAGCCAAUCACAGUCAUUUCCUCUCUGAGAACAUUUCAUGAACUGCAACUCCUUUGUGCUAAAAGUUGACCUUUAAUUUUUUUUCUAACUUUUCAACAUUGAUCUGUGACGCAUGCCGCACGUCUUUUUGUAAACGACUGUGAUAUUUAUGGUUUCUAUAAAGCUUGUGAAUAAAAGCACAAAAAACACAUAAAUAUGAUUGUAUAUCUAUUUAUAGGAUGUGAUUUUAUUGGUGGAUAAUUGGUAGUUUGCAUAUUUCUAUUUAUAUCAUGUACAGUAAACUUACCACACAAUAUGUGACAGCAUAUUAAAUGUACCUAUAGAGUCUUUAUGUACUCUAAUCUGUGUGUGUGUGUGUGUGUGUGUGUGUGUGUGUGUGAAUUAUUGUGUGUGUGAAUGAUUGUGAAUGUGUGUGUGAAUGAAUGUCUGUGUGUAUGUGUGUGUGUGUGUGUGUGUGUGUGUGUGUGUAUGUGUGUGUGUGUGUGUGUGUAUGUGUGUGUGUGUGUGUGUGUGUGUGUGUGUGUGUGUAUGUGUGUGUGUGUGUGUGUGUGUGUAUGUGUAUGUGGGUGUGUG